UUAUUAAUUCCUAUUUAUAAAUUAAAGCUAAUUGGACAGUAAAUGGCUGCUGAUGCAUUGAAGUUACUGAUGGAAACUGAUGCAUUAGUGAAGGAUUGGGAGGAGAAGAGGAGCAAGAUAUUAGCACAAUUUGAGUCAAUAGGAAACAUUAACACUCAGUUGGACUCACUGAAAAAAUGUGAGGUAAGAGGUAGUUUAGGUGUCCUAUCUAGUUUCUCAAGUGUGUGCGUUAGAUUGAAAGGUAAACUGCUCCUGUCUCAAGAAAGAGCCAUAGCAUUCAUAGAUAGGGACCAGAAACUGAUGGAGAAAAUAGUAAAAGAUUUACUGCAUAAGAAAAGAGAAGCAGAAAAGAUAUGGAGAAAAAUGGCUGAGAAAGAUGGAGUUGAUGUAUUAUCAAAAAGGAGUGAGGAGUCUUUCUCAGUCAGCGAUUGGCUGCAGUGGAUUAAAGAACUCUCGUGUUUAGUUUAUGCAAACUGGAAGACAAUGGCUCCAAUUACAUACCCACUGACAGAAUCAAUGAUUAAUGCAUGGAACAAAGAAUUAUAUGGAGUUGAAGAGAUUACUAGUUUCAUCGCAUACACAGUUCAAGAGUCAAAGAAAUGAUUGGAAUUCAAAUGCACUCAGUUCAACAACCAAACAAACUCAAUAUAAAAAAAGAAGAUCUAUACAAUUUAAAGCAUUUUUAAUAAGACAAUCGGCAAAAAUAA